AUGCCGCCCUCUCGACACAGUGCGCGAGAGCGACGCGCGGUCGCCGCCUCGUCUUCGUGCUCACUUUCUUCCCGAGACGGCGAGUACGCGCCCGAUGACGCGCGUCGGCAGGCUCCGAACGCGAAGGACGUCGAAGUCCACGCUGCGGAGAAGGCGAGGCCGCCCUCGCCGCCCCUCCCCCACGCCCAUGGGUCGUCGGCCUCGCCCGCGUUGGGUCCGGCUCUCCUGGCCCCCGUCAGUCCGCACAGCGUGCGUCGGGCCGGGACGAAGCGGCGCCAGCGUCGCACACCUGCGGCGAAGAACGCGUGGAGCAAAACCAAGUUCCUCCGCCAGUUCGAGGACGAGCAAAACGCGAGACGCGAAGAACGGUUCUGCUUCCCCGUACACUCCAUGUGUCAGGCCGAGGGGUACAACCUCCGGGCGCUCUACGAAGCCCUCAUCGCACGGCACUGCUACGCGCGUUUUCUUGACGACAGCGGAACAGUUUUGUAUUUGGAGCUGCCGGACGACGACCUUCCUAUGAUCGAGGUUAAGGCGCGGAGCCAAGAUCGCUACGAGACGUUCCUGCGAGUGCUGGCGCCUGGCCCCCAUCGACAGUCGUGUGCUUCGUCGCCGCUUCCGCAUCUGUGGGGGGUGUCUCCGGAGCGACGCAAGCCCUCGCACUUCGCCUUUGGCGGAUCCGCGGACGCGCCGCCCGGUGGUGUGGACGCGCGCCCGCUGCUUUCGACCGCUGCAGGCUCCGCGCAGCCGCAGGGCGAAGAGGCGCCUGACGACACGCGCGGCGACUCCGCAGUGGGGAGACGCGGGUCGCUUUACCGGGACUACUCGGCGCCUGCGCGAGGGCACUUCUCCAUGUUGCGCGGAGAGCGGGAGGAGGCUGGCGAGCCGGACGGCCAGCAGGGGCAGCGGCGAGGCGAGGAGACCGGCGCCCGAGGCCGGAGAGAUCGCGACGGAAAGAGCGCCUUCGACACCUUUCACGAGAAGGCGCGGAGCCACUCGCAGUCGAGUGUCUCUUCGACCCCGUCGUGUGAGCGGAACCCGUGCGCGGGGCGAUGCGAAGGGCGAGAAGGAAGCGACGGGGAUGCGGAACAGUUCCUGGACGCAGCUGAGCGAGGCAGCGCGCGAACCGUCGACGACCGAGAGAGGCGCCGACGCGAACAGGAGACAGGGGACCACGACCUGUCGGACGACGAAACGACUGCGCAGUCGCGAAAACACGCGUCGAUGAGGCGCCGUCGGGAAAAACACGGCGCCGUCGCGGCGUCUCUGUCCCCCACCUUCUCGCUUUCGUCAGUCGACCGAGCCGAGAGCACCGACAGCUCCCCGAGCGCGCGCGGGUUCUUUGGCCAGUUUCUGGUCGACCGCACUCGCUCCGUAGAGGCCAGACCCGCUGGGAGUGCCGCAGUCUCCAAGCUCAGUUCGUUCUCGCUCUCGGCUUGGACGCGCGCCGGCAAGGGCGGAGGCUUCAGCUUCGAGGCGAACGCGACGCGCAGAGACCGUGGCGACGAAGCAGCCGAAGAACUCGCGUACUUUCCCCUUGCUGGAGAGGAAGGGCGCGACGACAACGCGUCGCGCGUCGUCGUCCUGCAGCCGAGACGAGAAGAAAAGGACCGAGAACGCGAAGGCGAAGAGAGAGAGGGAGACCGCAGCGGAUCAUGCUUUGUGUUUUCGAACGGCGCCAUUGUGGUGUGGGGCCGCGGCGACGUCGGUGGCUCUGAGAUCAAGAGAGACAUGCUCAGCAACUUGCUUUGGUUCCUGGGAAAAUUCGCAACCGGAUUCCUCCGCGUCGACAUGACUCAGGAAGACGUGAUGUUCUACUCCUACAUCGACGAUCUCCGGCACUGGUCGCCUUCGUCUGCGAUCCCACGGAGACGCAUCAAACAAAACCGCCUCUACCUGAAGACGCGAGAGGUCUCGGAGAAGCUGGCUGCGUCCUUCGCAAUCGCUCAGUCGGUUCGCCUCGACGUGUACGAGGCUCUAGUGAACGAGACGAUUGCGCGAGUGCAGGAGGUGCCGGAGCGCAUGUCCCGUUUCGGCUGCGAUUUUUCCGGCGAGGAGAGUAACCACGGAGGCUGGCUCUCGCUCUUCCAAAUUCGGAGUUGUCUGAAAGAGGGAGAAGAGGAACAGUGUGACGCGUACAACAAGCAGUUCGCCGACCUCUCCGUGAAAAUCAUCAACGUGAACAUCAUCGAAAGCUUCCUGGACGUCCCUGACUUCUUCUGGGAGGAUGACAGAUGGCAGUCGUUCUGGCAGCGAGUCCACCACCACCUGGAGCUGCAAGAAAGGAUUGACAUUCUAAACACUCGCUACUCAUGCAUUCGUGAGCUCCUCAACCUAGUCCGGCGCGAACAGUCUCAGGACCACGAGUUCCGCUUGACUUGGAUUAUCGUCCUGCUCCUCAUAGCCCAGGUCAUUGCAGCGGCCGUGAAGUACGUCGUGUUGAACCAGUCGUGA